AGUCGCCGCCGAGCGCUCCCCAUCGCCUCUCCGCCCCGCGCCGCCCUCCCGCCGCAGUUCCGUCUCUCCGCCGGCUCCGGGCGAGGCAGAAGCGGGGCUCGGGGCGGCCGCCGGGGCCGCUGCCCGCUUCCCCGCCGCGGGGCUGUGCGAGCCGGCGGCGGGGGGCAUCGGAGCCGCCUCCAUGUUCCAGCUGCCCAUCCUCAAUUUCAGCCCGCAGCAGGUGGCCGGGGUAUGCGAGACCCUGGAGGAAAGCGGGGACAUUGAGCGCCUGGGGCGCUUCCUCUGGUCGCUGCCCGUGGCCCCGGCGGCUUGCGAAGCGCUCAACAAGAACGAGUCGGUGCUGAGAGCCCGGGCCAUCGUGGCCUUCCACACGGGGAACUACAGAGAGCUCUACCAUAUCCUGGAGAACCACAAGUUCACCAAGGAGUCCCACGGCAAGCUGCAAGCCCUCUGGCUGGAAGCGCACUACCAGGAGGCGGAGAAGCUGCGGGGCAGACCCUUGGGGCCGGUGGACAAAUACCGGGUGAGGAAGAAGUUCCCUCUGCCGCGCACCAUCUGGGACGGCGAGCAGAAGACGCAUUGCUUCAAGGAGCGGACGAGGCAUUUGCUGCGGGAGUGGUACCUGCAGGACCCUUACCCCAACCCCAGCAAAAAGAGGGAACUGGCUCAGGCCACGGGACUUACCCCCACGCAGGUGGGCAACUGGUUCAAAAACCGCAGGCAAAGGGACAGGGCGGCGGCCGCCAAGAACAGGCUACAGCAGCAGGUCCUAGCGCAGGGCUCGGGGCGCUCGCUGCAAGCGGAGGAGGAGAGCGGCGGGGAGGCGGGGGGGGCGGCCUCCAGCCCAGCCGUCAGCCUCUCCAGCAAAGCGGCCACCUCCGCCAUCUCCAUCACAUCCAGCGACAGUGAAUGUGACAUCUGACACCGAGCGCCAUGACGAAGCGGGGGGGGCUCCCCAGUGCCUAUCGCUGUCCCCGGAGCCGGGGUACGGAGCCCCCCCCGAGCCGCCGGCCCCGCAGAGGACUGCAUUAAAACCCGUGAGAAAACGAAACAAAACAAAACAAAAUCGUUGUCGCCUUUAUUUCCGAGGAUUCGCAGAAUUCAUGCCUGAAAAAAAAAAAAAGAAAGAAAGAAAAAAAAAGGAAAAAAAAAAGAAAAAAGGGGGGGAAGGGAAAAAAAGAAAAGAAAAAAAAAGGAGGAAAAAAUGGAAAAAAAUACAGAAAAUGUUUAAAAAAAAAAAAGAAAAGAAAAAGAAAAGAAUGCCAACUGCAAAAUGCCCGAGCGCCCUUAUCCGGAGGGGGGGGGGCUCCGUGUGGAACAGGCGCUGUUCUCGUGGCUGGGUUUCUCUUUACUUUAAAGGGGUUUUUAUAUAUAUAUAUAUAAUGUUUAUUUACUUAUUUAAGGGAUGGCGAUGGUAGAUUUUUUUCUAUUAUUAUUAUUAAUUAUAAUUUUUUUUUGGCUUGUUCUCUGUGUGCACAGGUGACUUGUAGAGCAUGUGCAGGACGAAAACUGUAUGAAGCAGCCUAAAAACCGUAAUAAAAUAUUUGGUGAACGACCUUCGGAUCUGCUUUCAAAUGGCAGCGUACGGCCCCGGGCCCGGCGGUCCGCGCAGCGCAGCUCCGGCAGCCGCGGGCACUUCGGAACCAAAGAGCCGCGUCCCGGCACGGGGUGAAGUGUCGGCAAUGGGGGGGCCGGGGGGGUCGGGAAGGGGAGAGGGGAGCGGUCGUAGGAGGAUGCGGUGCGAGGGGAAAGGAGGGAGGAGGCAGCGCUGCAGUGUCUCGGGUUAGAGAUUUCGGGGGAAUGAAUGGGAAGGGAUGGGGAAAAGGAGGGGAAAAAACGAGGAGAGGAGAAAGAAGGGUGAAUUGUGCCAAGGCGGGGACGCCGGGCUUCCUCCCCGGUGAGUGCAUAGAGGCUGGAAAUGAGCAGCCCCGUGCCCGGGGAGGGUCGGAUCGGGGCGAAAUGACCCCAAAUCUCAGCGCCGUGGGGUCCCCCCCUUCUGUUUGACGGCUGUUUUUUCGGCAGGAAAGCAAACGGCGGCUCCGAGGAGCGGGCUAAGCUUUCACCCUCAACAGAAGGAUUUUAUAUUAUACAAUUUGACAUUGAUCUUUAAA